UUACGCGAUAGAAAUGUGAAUAAAUGCGAAAAUUAGUUUCUUUCAGCACAUAUUUAAAUGUUGUCGUUAAAAUAAACUAAGAACCAACACGAGAGUUACCAUUUUUCUACUAAUAUAGAUAAACCUGUAACCAAAGACUGUAUGGAAAUAUUGAAGUCUCACAUCUUGUUUCAAUCGAGUGAAAUCACCAAACGAACCACCUCUCACGUUAAGGGUCAAAUGUUUUGAGGAUGUGCUGGUAGUGCCUUCGAAAUGUCAAGUUUCUCCAGAUCUGCCCAGCAAUGGGCGACCUUCGCUCGAUCCUGGUUCCUGAUCGAUGCCAGGAUGCAGCCUCCUGGGAAGAUCGCGACCAUGUGUUCUGUGAGAUUACAGGGGAAACACAAGCCUAUCUACCACGCACUGAGUGAUUGUGGUGACCAUGUUGUAGUAAUAAACACCAGAAACAUAGCAUUCUCUGGAAACAAAUGGGAGCAGAAAGUCUACUCGUCACACACAGGGUAUCCAGGUGGAUUCAAACAGCUCACAGCUGCCCAGCUGCACCAAAAAGACCCCAAAGCUAUUGUAAAGUUAGCGGUUUACGGCAUGCUGCCCAGGAAUCUGCACCGACGCACCAUGAUGCAGCGAUUGCACAUCUUUCCUGAUGACGAACUACCAGAGGACAUCCGUGCAAACCUGACGGAGGAGCUGCCUCAGCCCAGAGAAAUCCCCAGGAAACUCAGCGAGUACACGCAGGAGGAGAUAGACGCCUUCCCCAGGCUGUGGACACCACCUGAAGACUACAAGAUGAAAUGAAAUCGAGGCUGCCGACCCGACGUGACCAAAGCUGAAAAGGGUUAUGGGGGUUGGUUAUGUUAUAAUACCUGACAGAUAUUGUAAAAAUUGGAAUAUUUGAUGUGGAGAUGUUGUUCUGUUUUUAAAACACACAAAUCUGAUUUUCUUUGUUCAGAUUAAACAUUACAAAAACAGUCACAUUUUGUGCAAAUUCAGGAAACCACACUGGCAUCAAGGCUCUACUGGACUUUACUAAAGCACUACUAAGUCGUAACUUGUGUGCCAACAUCAUCAACACAAACUCUGUGCCGCCUGACAGCAGACCUGAAUCAUCCAGUAACAGCUUGAGAUUUUACCAUGUGGCUCAGCUCUGAUCAGAGAAAAUCAGAUUCUGUAGGUUUCCCUCUGAUUAUACAACCAUGAAAUGAUCAGAUCUGGCCCAUAAAAAAUGACAUCUGUUAGUGCUGAUCCUGCCUUUGAAGGUUUGUGGGUUCCAGUGAAACCAGUUAAUGAGUUACUAUGACAACGUUCAGGCCAUCCAUGUGGUUUCAGUAGAAAAUGGUGAACUUUUUGUCUGGUCAGAAAUUUUAAUGGUGUUGUUAAAGUAUAAAGCAGCAGUGUUUAUGUGAGUUGUAAAAUAGGCUAAUAAACAAUUUAAUAAA